CUCGUCAGGAUCAGCUGCUGGUUUCUUUUCCUUCUAUUUUCAGUCACUUUCUACCGAAGAUAAAUAACCUGAGGGACAUUUUUAACCUCAUCAUGGAUGGAAAAGGCGUUUUCACCAAACUGGAUGUUGGAGUUUUAAGCGCUGAGCAGCUGAAGAAGCUCAAACAGUUUAAGAUCAAGACGAGAAUUGAGAAUGAGAAAUAUCUGAGGUCUCAUCCAGAGGUCGAGGUGCUGAUCGGCGACUUUCUGAGAGUCUUGCUCCUGAAACGGCCGACUGACGUCCGUGAGUUUGCAGCUGAUCACUUCACAAACCCAAACCUUCACGAGACCAUCAGCCCCAAAGCGGAAAGAAGCAGCAAUGUGGAGUAAAACACAUCUGACAGCUUCAUCUAUGGACAUUUGGUGUGUUUUUGCAGCUGUAAUGAUGCUGAUAAGUUUGUGUCCAGGAAGCAGAAUAACAGGGAGGACAGUAGCAGCCUUUUCCUGAUUACAUUCAUUGAGAAGCAGACGUCCUGAGGGUAUAACAUGGUCACAUGCAUGACUGUAAACGGGCUAAUUAAAGGCUUUAAUUGUGUCCAUUUACUGUUGCCGAGCGGAUGUACUGGACUCAUUAAUCUCAUAUCUGCUCAGCUGCAUGGAUUAAAGCUGCUGUCCGCAGAUAUCUGACAAUAUAUUCUGCUCUUCUCUCCGUGUUCUGAGCCCCCUUUACUGAAUUAAAAUAGCCUUCAAAAGCACAAAAUUAACCUACUUCUCACUUGAUUUAUUACCUCAGCAAACAUUUUUCUAAUGAGUUUAUUGUCUCAAUGCCCAGUUGCAAGACUUAUUAAAUACAGCAUGAUGUUGAUUUAGUAAAUUAUGGUCUAAUUCAGAGGAAAAUAGACGAUAAAGCAGGGCAUGUGUGAGCUCUCAAGUCAGAUAUAUGCCUCUGUUAUUAGGUUUGGUUUCAAAAAAGCAAGAUAGUGACAGAUAUAUUUAGUUUUUUUUAACCUUUUUGUAAAGCUGAGAUCUUAAGCCUGCAUUCUUUCUAACAGCCAGCAGGGGGCAACUAAUCUGGUUGCAGAAACAAGUCUGAUUGUAUAGAAAUCUGAGAAAAUUACUACUUCUCACUUGAUUUAUUAUCUCAGUAAACAUUUUUCUAAUGAGUUCAUGUUCGCAACACUUAGUUUUAAGACUUUUUAAAAACAGUAUUAUGUUAAUUUGGUAAAUUAUGGUCACAUCUCAAAGAAAAUAGACAAUAAAGUAGUGGAUGUGCAUAGUUACCCAGUUAGAUUCACCCUUCUCUUCAAAAGUGCAAGAUAAAAACAGCCAAAUGAUAUGAAAACAUUGACUAAACUCAGAGAAAAGACUCCUACAAACAGGUGGAAGCGACAAACUAAACUUCAGCUGGAUUACAUUCAGUAUGUCUUUUCCUCACAUAAUAAUGAAAAUUUUCAGUGCCACAGUCACACAUUAGAGGAAAGAUUUCACUAAUGACUCCUUUAUUUAUUUUGGAAAACAUUAGGUGCCUUAACAUUCAAAUGUGCUUGUUGCUGCUGCUUUAUGAGCUGUCUGCACGCAGGAUGUAAACAGAGCUUUUAGCGUGUGGUUAGCUUUGUUUGUUUGUGUCGGUAACUCGAUCCUGAUUGUGCAGCAUUAAGGCGUGGUGUUUGGAGAUUAUACACCCAAUUAUUGUCCUCAGCUCGCAUUCAAGACUGUGUGACCGGAGUAUUAAUUGUGACAACAUGACCACAAAAAUGAAUGAAACUACUUAUUCCUAUUCUGUCCUUUAUGACGCUUUGAUCCAUUGUGAUUAGAAUAAGAGCUGCAGUUUUAUCUGCGCUGAGAACAGGAUGAUCAAAUGAUUUCAGUGUUGACAUGAGAGUCCAUCGAUUAAAAUCUGACAUGGCUUCA